AUGCCAUUGAGACGUCUCAUUACUCAAAAGUUCGGCGCGCUAGCUGCUUCCGCUCCUCCUCCUAGCACCGGCACUUCGACUCGCCUGUCGCUCCGGAGUCAAAGGGGUGGUCAGCAGCACUGCGCACACGAACUAUCUAAUGCUCCUCGCUCUCUCCCGCACUCCCACUCCCCCACCCCCACACCACCAUGGGACUUGGAGUCGACUCGCAAGUCGCUCCGGGGUCAAAGGGGUGGUCAGCAGCACUGCGCACAGCAACUACUAUCGAGUGGUUCUGACACUGUCCCCAAAGCCCUCUCUUCCCUCCCCCGCCCCUCAUUCCUUCCCCCUUUUUACCCCCCACCUCUUGCAGACGAGAUUGCAUCCGCGUUAGUGGCGCCGCUACUAGCGGGGCAGCCAAUCACGCUGCUCGUGCCGACCGACGGGUGUUUCCACCCUUCCGCGCAAGCCAAACUCGCUGCUACAGCUACAGCUGCUACAGCUGCUACUGCUGCUACAGCUGAACACUCUACCAGCCGCCGUACAUACGCUCCAUCGCGGGAGGGUCGUAGCCUAUCAGAAGCGGCAAAGGACGAGCGGCCCAUGGGGCACGAGGAUGACGUGGACGACGAGGAUAAGAUCAGUGUCGUGGCAGGAAAGGGUGACGUGGCAGGAACCAGAGAAGUAGCGGAUUUCCUGUCGGAGCAUCUGAUGUCGGGCGCGCAUUGCCACGAGGCGAUGAGAACGGCCAAGGGAAGCUGGAAGGGGCGGGCGCAUCUGAUGGCAGGCGCGAUUGCCACGAGGGGGGAUGAGAGCGGCCAUGGGAAGCUGGAAGGUGAGAGAAUGAGGUGGGAUUAUAACGGGUGGGCGAGAAAGAAGGGAAGCUGGAAGGUGAGAGAAUGA